AUGCCCAGUAAAAAUAUCACUGGAAGACAGAACAUCGAGUACACUUCUUCGCGGAGCCCCGUUAUUGCAAGCGAAGCCCAAAGUUCUAUAUCACCAACCACCCCAUCUUCAAAAAUUUCUCAUAAUGGAGCAUAUCUGGCCACGCACAAUAUCAUCCCAGCACCAAGCGAGGAAGUCGAUUAUAGGUCUCACUCCAGAGAUCCAAACCCACUGCCAAGACAAAUAACACCUUCUAGAAGACGGUUGAUUGAUUCUCUAGGUGCAACAGAAAGCCGAGACAGUGACCGUCUCCUCUCUUUGUUACCGGAUGAUGAGUCACGGGAAGAUGGCAUCUCACGCUCCGAUCUCGCUCAAAUCAAUGACCAAAAUCCGCCGCUGAAAACCAAUCAACAUAAUACUGUUCACGCGGGAGGUUCACAAAUCUCGAGUGGCGCUGUCUCGUCUAGGCUCGCGGGAUCUCGAGUAACGUACGCACGUCAGCGUUCGUUCCUGAACGAUGCAUCUACCAUAGGAGAGAUUAUAGGAGAUUCAAAAAGCCGACAUGACCUAGGCCCUUCUACUGACAUUUGUCACAAUCGACCUUUUCUUACUCCUGAGAUCACGACUCAGUGCGCAGAUGAGGGAGAACAGAAUGACAACAUGCCUGUUCGUAGCAUACAUGAAUUAAGGCAAGCGGGUGAAAAUGCGCGCUUUCGAGAGACUAUUGAUUCCAUCUUCGAAGAUAUUGAGGACCCUUAUAAUCAGGUUUCUGGAAGAUGCAAUAGUCUCAUUCAACUAUGUGCAAAGCUUUCAGAGCCAAAUUCUGCUCGUCGUUUCUCCGAGUACGAAUUUGAUGGGCGACUUGUGAAUUGUACUGAAGCUAGCCUUGAUAUAGUCUCCAAAUCAUUGUUGCUUUGUGCUUACAGGCUAGUGUGCAUCGGUGGAUCGUUUGGAUUUACUCAGCUGCUGCGCUUUUGGCCAAAACUUUUGGAAAUUGUCCCCCAUCUCUUAACUACUACCGACGAUAUCCUGUCAGUCUCGACUUGUCGCCCUACCGGCCUUUCGAAGCGCGUGCAAAUAUCUCUCGGGAAGAUAGUACCGCAGCUAUCUUCACUAAUUGACGACGAAACAUCAGCCAAUUUCUCACCGCAGUUUCUAGCGCUUUCAAGUAUGCAUUCCGCUUUAUCGUGUUUCCGGGAAAAGGGUAAGGCUAUUGAGCCGAUUCCUGAGUCUUUGAUGAAUCAGAUUGUCCAGCUUCUGGUAUCCAUGAGCCCGAGACACUCGGAAUUUCCAUUACCCUCCCAACAGUUUCGAAUACUUGUCCAAAGCUUCUCCGUCUUAGAAGAUUACACUGCUUUACCGGAUUCGUUGGAGCAUUACAACCACGGCGUUUUCGAGCCCCUUGCCCAGCUUCACAACUUUCUUUGCUUUGGAAUAUUUGACCAAGGCCGCCAACUCCUGAUCCUGUAUACCCGUCUGAUUUUGAAUAUCACGAAUAAUGGCCCUUCUUUCUGCAAUUUGUUCGCCAACGCUGAGCUAAUUUCCAGGUUUGUUGAGAUCGUCAAUACGGAAUUCCGGAGUACUCCUGAGAGUCUUCUGAUCAAAGAAGACAGCUUGUUGAACAUUGUAAUACUAUCCCUAGGGGCUCUUAUUAAUAUAACUGAGAGGAGCGAGCUGUCGAGGACUAUAUUCAUGGAGUCGAGACGUGGCUCUACGCCAUUGAUUCGACUCCUUUUGGAUCGGUUCUCUUCAAUGGUUGACUGUGUGAACCAGGUACUCUCUGUGCACGAUGUCAAUCACAAUGUUGUUACUGGGUAUUUUUCGAUUCUCCUUGUGAACCUGUGUUUAAAUAAAGACGCGUGUGCACAGGUACAGCAGUCACUGGGAGUUAAAGGACUUGAUACGAUUUUAUCAACAGCAGAAGAGUUUUUACAGUAUCACCAAAAAGUUGAUCAAGAGUCACCUUCCAUCGAGGCUAAGGUUGACUAUGAUGGUGGUCUUACAACCCGGUUAAAGAACUUCAUCUCCCACAUAAAGGAACGUGAAUGUUAA